UAAAACUAUGCGAUCUAGUGUUUUAGCUUUACGGUGUGAAGAACCCGAUCAGCUUCUUAAAUUUCUACUAAGCAAUAAUAAAGAAUCAUUCGUAAAUAUGUCGUUGCCUAAGGAUAGGAGCGUGACUGGGGGUGAUGAGAAGACGUCUAGUAGAGCCAGCACGAAAUUAAAUCCUAACAUAUUUUGUUAUAACUGCAAGGAAAAAGGGCAUAUUUAUUCUCGCUGUCCUAAGCCUUUAGUUAAAUGUAGUACGUGCCAAAAGGUGGGCCAUAAACCAGAGAUGUGUAGGCUAAAGUCAGACUCUGGUUCGACAAAGGCUGACACUGUACCCAGAGUGAUGCGCAUAUACGGAUCUAACCCGUCUGACAAAUUUAGAAAAUCAGUACAAGUUAAUGGUGAGACAGUGGGAGCCUUUGUCGACCUAGGAAGCGAAGUCACUCUUAUACGAGAAUCCAGUUUCUCUCAUCUUGGGCUUUCUCAUGAUUGCAUUCCUAUUACGAUGAUAGGUUUCGGUGAUAAGCUCGUACAGUCUUUAGGAUCGGCGGAGUUGACCAUAACAAUUGAUGGCGUAUCCGCCACCGUUAUGUGUAGGGUAGUUAAUGAUAGUCUGCUUGAAAAGUCGAUGCUCAUAGGUCAGACUUACUCUGAACAACCACAUAUCGUGGUUUACAAAGAUGCAAAUAAGUUGCAAUUUUUACACAUAGGUACAGAGCUUCCUAACUUACAAGAGCGUGUCGAUGAAAAGUUAGAGAGAGUAAGAAUUGUAGCACGUAACAGGAUAUAUGGGGUAGCUAGCGUAAGAGCCGCCACUGGGACAGAGUUUAGUGGCAACGUUGUGUUAAAUACUAAAGUGGUAGGGAAACCUCAAGAUCAGUAUUUGGUUUGUGGCGGGAUUUAUGAGGUGAAGCAGGGUAACCUUUUUGUAAUGGUUAUGCCCUGUGCUGCGUCUUGUUACCUACAAGAAAACUUUGUAUUUGCGCGAGCAGAGCGUGUAGAGGCGGUAUAUAGGUUAUCGGAUAUAGGUACAACAGUACGCCAGUACGAAAAUGAAAUAACUGUAGAAGAAACCGCGUCAUCACCGUUUGAUGAAAAACAACUCCAUAUAGGUAAAAAUGUUACCGAAGAUGAUAAAAACAAGCUCGUCAAACUUCUCAGCUGUUACGAAGAUUGCUUUGCUUCUGAUUUAGCUAGUCUAGGUUGCACUAAUACGACCGAAAUGAAUAUAGAGUUAAAUAGUGAGCGACCGGUCGUAUAUAGACCUUACAGACUGUCACAUCAUGAACGUGAGAAGGUCCGUGCGAUGAUAGAUGAUAUGUUACAAGCUGGUAUAAUCAGAGAAUCCGUAUCUAAUUACGCUAGUCCUAUUAUACUCGUCCGAAAGAAGGAUGGUGGCGUCAGACUUUGCGUCGAUUACAGACUACUCAAUUCGAUAACCGUAAAGGAACGCUACCCAAUACCGGUGAUAGAAGACGAGAUCGCUCGUUUGGCCGGCCAGUCAUGGUUUAUCACGUUGGAUCUGAUGUCCGGGUACUACCAGGUACCAAUCUCGGAAGGUAGUAAGCAUUUGACAGCGUUUGUCACGCCGGAUGGCCAAUACGAAUAUAACCGGAUGCCGUUCGGCCUGGCAAAUGCGCCAGCGGUGUUCCAACGUCGAGUGCUAGAAGACGCGGAAAUGGUUGGCGUGCUUAGCUUGACCUGA